GCUUUAGCUUCACGUCUACUCAAAAACCCGCAAAAAAUAACCUGCAAAACAUCUCUCAAUUGUGCUCAUCAUUAAUUUUUUUUCCCCCACUUGUGUUGCCUAUCCUUUACAAAUCUCUCCUUUUUUAUUUAUCUUCAAUCUGUACUUUUCCCCUUCAGAGUGUUCCUAUUAGCUGUUGGACAUGGGCAUGCUCAAGUAUCAGCGGGGAAAAGUACCAUUGUCGAUCAUUGCCAUCUCUGUUUGUGCCUUGGCGUUCGUAGUUCUCUUGUACACUGAAAGAAUCAGCCCUCUUUCUUCCGGUUCCAUCUUCCGGUUCACGUUCUGCAGUGCUAAACGACAUGCUGCAAAGUUGAAGAAGUCACGUGAUGAGUACAUCAAGCCAAUUAGUUAUGCAGAUGAUGACAGGUUUGAGUUUGAUCCAGAAGAAUGCAGUCUAGCUCAUGGAAAAUGGGUGUUCAAUCGAUCAGUUAAGCCGCUGUACUCAGACAGCACAUGCCCAUAUGUGGACAGACAAUUCUCCUGUGUCAAGAACGGACGCCUUGAUUUUGAUUACCGUCAUUGGCAAUGGCAGCCUGAUGAUUGUAUGUUGCCUAGGUUUGAUCCUCAAAUUGCGCUGAAAAAAAUUCAAGGAAAAAGGCUAAUGUUUGUGGGGGAUUCACUUCAAAGAGGACAAUGGGAAUCCUUUGUUUGCCUUGUUGAAUCCAUGAUACCCCAACACCAGAAAUCCAUGAAACGAGGCCAUAUGCAUUCAGUCUUCAAAGCUAAGGAAUACAAUGCCACAAUUGAGUUCUACUGGGCUCCAUUUCUAGUAGAGUCCAACUCAGACGUUCAUAUAAUAGUAGAUCCAAAGAAGAGAAUUCUAAAAGUUGAUUCAGUUGCCAACCAUGCCAAGCAUUGGACAGGAGUUGAUAUCCUUGUCUUUAAUACUUAUGUUUGGUGGACGAGUAGCCUCAAUAUCAAAUCACUAUGGGGUUCUUUUGCCAAUGGAGAAGAAGGUUACGAAGAAUUAGAUGCGCAUGUUUCUUACAGAAUAGGCCUAAAGACAUGGGCAAAUUGGGUCGAUUCAAACAUUAAUCCAAACAAAACACGUGUGUUCUUUACUACCAUGUCGCCUACACACCAAAGGAGCGCAGAUUGGGGCAAGAUGAACGGGACUAAAUGUUUCAACGAAACGAAGCCUAUAACGAAGAAACGACACUGGGGAACCGGUUCGGACAAGCGGAUGAUGAGUGCGGUGGCCGGCGUGGUCGAAAGGAUGAAAGUUCCUGUUACAGUAAUCAACAUAACUCAACUAUCAGAAUACAGAAUUGAUGCUCACUCGUCAAUUUAUACUGAGAUGGGAGGCAACUUAUUGACUGAUGAAGAGAAGGCUGAUCCAUUACAUUAUGCAGAUUGCAUACAUUGGUGUUUACCAGGAGUUCCUGAUACCUGGAAUCAAAUAUUUUAUGCUCAUUUGUAGCAGAAAUAAAUGUAUGACAAUCUAUGCAUUUUCUUGACAACAAGAUGUCAACGAUGUAUACUUUCUCAUAAUUGCUGUAUUUUUUUUAUUUUUUACUUGUGUGCUGCUUUGAUUUCUUCUGCAGGUAGUUUGAAUCAUUUGAUAAAGCAAUUGAAAUUUUCGUACCAGAGAAUUACACUUCUUAAUUCUGAUGCUUCAUAAAAA